CCACCUCUUGAGCACAUUUGUAUUCCUGCUUGUGACUUCAUUGAUUGUUGAAGCUCUGGCUUCUUUUGUCACAAUGAUCAAGAAGGCACAACGUCCAGCUGUCACUUUGUCUAAAGAGGAUGGUGAAGAAGCUGAUUAUAUUAAUUCAGCCGUGAGCUUUAAGAAGGAAGUAAAGGCAACAUCAGGUCGCACCUUUUCCUCCUUUAUUCAGACGUUUGUUUCACUGGCAGCUUGUUGGCUCAUCCUGCUGCUCAUCAUCAUCCUCCACAUCUACUAUAUCUCUGUUAUUUCUGACAAAAACACAAAACAAAAGGCAGAAAUUAAAAACCUGAUGUCACAAAAUGAGAAGCUGAAGACGAACGAGAAAUUCCUCACGGAACGGGUUCAGAUGUUGGAGAAAAAUCUGAAUGAGUUCAACGUGGUUCUGCUUCAGAGGGUCGUGGAUAACUACUGUCCUAAAGAAAAUAACGACAGGAAGUGUAAACCUUGUCAGAAAGACUGGAACCAGAAGGAGUCCAGCUGUUAUGUAUAUAAUAAUGCUAAAGGUGCUGAGCAGAGAACCUGGGCACGAGCACAAGAUGACUGCAAAGAAAAAUUGUCUAGUCUGACUGUUAUUUCUGAUGAAAAUGAAAAGACUCACGUCUUUAGUAUCAGUGCUCCGGAAGGUGGAAUCAGUGGAUUCUGGAUCGGUCUCAGAGCCGUAAACAGGACAUGGAAAUGGAUCGAUGGAACUGACCUGAUCAACCAGACGUGGGUGGAUCAACCUGCUGCUGAUGGUCAGUGUGUAACUUCUCUCAGAGGCUCUGGAUGGAGAUCAGUGAGCUGUGAGACCAAGAAUGCAUGGAUCUGUGGAAAUAAAGCCUUAUCCAUACCAUAGAUCUGAAACCUCAGAAACAUUUUAAAUUAGAGGUUCAUUACAUUUACCUUCAGUUUAACAAUUUAUUUAUGAGCAUUAGUGUACAUUAGUCUGAAUGUCUGGGAUUAACUGUUUGUCAUGUUUGGCUGAGUUAAUAAAGUUUUAUGAGUUUGAUCAACGUUUAGCAGCCAGAUAAUGAAAGCUGCAGUUAGAAACCUGAGAAGAUGCUGCUGAUGCUCUUUACAGGUUACAUCAGUCAUCCUUGCUGUAAUAAUGAGAACUCUUCACUUUACCCACAACAAACUGUCUAGACAUAAAAACAGGAGUAAAAACCAAACAGUCCUCCAUUUCAUCCACCACCCCCACCUGCUGCAGCUACACAUCUAGAAGUUUCUUUUCUUCCUCCUAAACUGUAAAUAAUUUCAUUAGAAACAAUAUAAGUAAAUUAUGUACGGAGACAUCCUAACGUUCACUUUUUGUGCAUGUUUUAGAAUUAUAUUAAAGUAUUUAAUGUUUUUAUUUCAGUCCAGGUAUUUGUAAAAUUUCUCAUUCAAAACUGAAAUUUUAGAAAAAUGUUUAUUACAACAAUUAAUGGUCCAAAAUGUACAUAUCACAACUCAAAAUGUAAAUAAAAUGCAGUUCAGGUAUAAUAUCUGCAAAUAUUUGAUGUAGUUUGUCAUGUCGGCUUCAAAAUGAAAUAAGAUCUUUAAUGAAUCAUGAUCACAUCCUGCAGAAACUAAAUUACACGCAGCUCACACCCUGAUGCUCAUAGCCUAGUGAAGAAGCAAUGAUCAUCUUUUUAUUUAGUCAGAAACUUUAGAGAAAUGUCUCUGAUGAGGAAGCUGAUCUGCAGAUGAAGGAGGUUUGUGCACGAACUAAAAAUUGAUGUUUCACAUUUAAAGCAGAACUGACAACCACACAUUUUGUUGCAAAAUGAGACGUUCCACCCAGAGAAUAUUUUUAUUCCUGCUUCUGGCUUUGUUGACUGUUGAAAAUCAGGCUUUUGUUUCCAUAAUGAACAGAAAAGCACAAAGUCUGGCUGUUCGUUAUGAAAACCCAAAUGUUUCCUCAUCCAAAGGUAGGAACACUUUAUUACUGUCUUACUUCAGAUUAAAAGAUAUAUAAUAGGUAAGGCAGAAGUAGGAGCAGUUCUACAAAAGCACAUAAAACGGCUGCUUGAGGUAAAAAUGUGGCAAAGUGAAGAAAUGAAUGAAACAUGAACUCUAAUUAAUUUUUAAUUACUUAUUUCUGGAUAAAUAUUUGGGGGCCUUUGGAUCUGGGAACAAAAAGUUUAUGGACAAAGUUGUCCACUAAUAUUUAUUAUAAGACUAAAGACUAGAUUAAUGUUUCUGAUCUGUGUUCUGGAGGAAAUCGAAGAAGCUGAUUAUAUUAAUUCAUCUGUGAGCUUUUAGAAGGAAGUAAAGGCGGCAUCAGGUGUGUCAUUGAAGCCAUAAAUAUGAACCUAAUAUAUUAAUUAUAUUAGAUAAUUGAAGUUAUAAUAAACCACCACAAUAAAACACAUUUAGAGAGUCUGACUGUGUUAAAUAAUAAAGUGAUGACCCCUUUUCCUCCAUCAUUCAGAUGUUUGUACCUCUGGCAGCUUGUUGGCUCCUCCUGCUGCUCAUCAUCAUCCUCCACAUCCACUGUGAGAAAUUUAAAGUGGGUAUUCUCUCUUUCUGAGCUUUAAUCAAACAUUUCUCAAAUCAACUGUUUCCUUCUCUCUAUCGGCUCCUCCUGUCUUACAGUAGCCACAAUUAUAUGCUGUUUUAUUUGAUUAGAGGGACGAGUUUACAGAAAGUAUUCCCAAAUGGUGUAAUACAAAAACAUUUAAACACAAGCCUUCUUUAUCAUCUUUAACACAUGAAAAUCACAAGCAAAAGGAUUCCCUGAUGCAUCAAUGAGACAUAUGACUGUAAAAUGUUCAGUUUUCUAAAUAAAAUGGAUUAAAACACAUUUUGUACAGAAAUAAAACAGGAUAAAAACUCAUCCGCAUGUUUUUUAAUUGUGGUUCUGAUGGUAAUAAAGUCUCAAAGGUUCAAUUUAAAAACCAAGUAAUUUAUCACACAUUGAAUCACCCACACACAUUUUUUUGUGUUAGACAACAGUUACCUCUGUUAUUUCUGACAACACAAAACAAUUUACAGAACUAAAAAAACUGAUAAAGGGGAUUUCAGCAAGUUUGGAGUCAGAACCAGGAGCUUGGUGCUCAAAAUGAGCUCAGUGUGUGUUUAUCCCAAAGAAGCAUUGAUGCCUACCGUCCUCGAGGACAUAAUGGUGGUGUGUACAGAUCUCACUAUGCCUAGAAAUAAUAAUCAAUAACAGGAUGCAGUCAUUAUGUUUAUCAGCUGAUCUUUGUUGUUCUGGUGAGGACGUGUAAACCUUGUCAGGAAGGCUGGCUGUUGUACAGGCAGCUGUUAUGUAUUACGAUGCUCCACCAGACAAUCAGAGAACAGAAACGCACAAAGUCUGGCUGUUCGUUAUGAAAACCCAAAUAUUUCCUCGUCUAAAGGUAGGAACACUUUAUUACUGUCUUACUUCAGAUUAAAUGGUGUCUAAUGGGUAAGGCAGAAGUAGAAAGAGUUCUAGAAAAGCACUUAAUACAGCUGCUUGAGGUAAAAACUGUAGCAAAAUGAAGAAGAAAUGACUAAAAAUGAACUCUAAUUCAUUUUUAUAUUACUUUUAUUCUGGAGAAAUAUUUGGGGACAUUUG